AUGGCCGUGCUCGCCCAGAGCGCUCUCGGCGACACCAUCCAGAGGCAGGGCAUCACCGUGGCGCGCGUGCCCGCCUACAGCCCGCACGCCGUCGCCGAGCACGCGGUAGCCCUCAUGCUCGCGCUGAACCGGCGCAUCCCCCAGGCGUGGUCGAAGACGAGAGGCGGCAACUUCAGUCUCGUCGGCCAGAUGGGCUUCGACAUGGUCGGCAAGCGCGUGGGCGUCGUCGGCACUGGCCUCAUCGGCAGCAUCGUGGCGCGCAUUCUCAAGCUCGGCUUCCAGUGCGACGUCGUGGCCCACGACGUGCACAAGAACACGGGGCUGGAGGACAUCGGCGUGCGGUACGUCGAGCUGGACGAGCUGUUCCGGACCAGCGACGUCAUCACGAGGACGACGACGAGCCGAGGCUGCACGCGCCUCUGUUCGACAGCACCUACCACAUGA